GCUGUGCUGCGCUGCUCUGCAACUGUUGUUGCAAUCGACAAAUCAAACAUUCGAUCAAUCUGAAUUGGAUUGGAUUGGAUGCCGUCGAUCAAUAUUCAUCGUCUCCGGCUUUCACUCGCGACCAUGAAUCCUCCCACAAAUCAUUUCAAAACCCUCCCCCCUUUCCCAAAUUAGCAGGGCUUCCUUCACAUUCUUACUUAAUUCAUCAUUUGCCCUCUCCCAUCGGACACAAAAACGCACAAUCUGUCCCCUGGGAAUCGAGCUUCUGUUGGAUUGGAUUCGAUAUAUAUAUAUAUAUUCGACAUUUCAUCACCACAAUCUCAACGUUCUCAACCCCAACUGCCAUUUCCGAUUUUUCAAGCUUUUCUUUCUUCGGUUUUUGGAGGUGCAAAGGGCCCUAACUGCAAUUUGCCUCAGCUGCCUCUUCUUUCCCUCCUCCUGCUUUUCCCCCAAAUUCAAAACCUAAAAAAAUUCAAAUCCGAUCAAACAUCUCCCUGCUUUCUCCUUAGAAAAAAUUAAUCAAUUAAGGAUAUCAUGUACGGAGGAGGAGGAGGUGGAGGUGGAGGAGGAAGACGAUGGGACCAUAGCAUGAGAGGUCUCGGCGUGGAUUACGAAACGUCCCACGUGUCGACGACAUUGCGGCCGAGCAGCCGCGCGAUUCGGGCGGGGAUGAAGGUCAAAUUCCAGGAUCUGUACGGAUUCACGGUGGAGGGUAACGUCGACGACGUGAACGUCCUGAAUGAGGUCAGGGAAAGGGUGAGGCAGCAGGGGAGGGUAUGGUGGGCAUUGGAGGCCAGCAAGGGUGCCAAUUGGUAUCUCACAACUCAUUUCUCCUCCUACCCUCGAAAGCCUUCCCUCAGGCUGUCCGCCAUGGUUAAUGCCAUCACCCUCAAGGGCCUCAUCAGGAAAGGCAUCCCGCCAUAUCUCCGCCCCAAGGUCUGGUUCUCCCUCUCCGGCGCCGCCAAGAAGAAGUCCACCGUCCCCGACAGCUAUUACACUGAUCUCAUCUCUGCUGUUCAGGACAGGGUCACCCCUGCCACCAGGCAGAUUGAUCAUGAUCUUCCCCGGACGUUCCCCGGUCAUCCGUGGCUGGAUACUCCGGAGGGGCAUGCUGCCCUGAGGCGAGUUCUUGUCGGGUAUUCGUUUAGAGAUUCUGAUGUUGGUUAUUGUCAGGGACUAAACUAUGUUGCGGCAUUGCUUCUGCUCGUCAUGAAAACCGAGGAAGAUGCAUUUUGGAUGCUCGCCGUGCUUCUAGAAAACGUGUUGGUUAAUGAUUGCUAUACGAGCGACUUGUCGGGAUGCCAUAUCGAUCAAAGAGUGUUUAAAGAUCUUCUUGCCAAGAAGAGUCCGAGGGUAGCUGCUCACUUGGAAGCUCUGAAAUUUGAUGUUUCCCUUGUCUGCACAGAAUGGUUCUUAUGCUUAUUCUCCAAAAGCUUGCCAUCCGAGACAACCCUUCGCGUUUGGGACGUUCUUUUCUGUGAAGGGGCAAAUGUUUUGUUCAAUGUAGCUCUGGCGAUAUUCAAGAUAAGUGAAGAGGAGCUGCUUAUGACAGAUUAUGCCGGAGGUGUGAUCAGCGUGAUUCAAAGAACUACGCAUCACCUAUUCGACCCGGACAAACUCUUGACGGUUGCCUUUAGCAGAAUAGGUUCAAUGACAAGCUACCUGAUAUCGAGGCAGAGGAAGAAGCAGCAGCCGGCGGUGAUGGCUGAGCUCCACCAGAGGCAACGGAGGCUGAACCCCGCGGAAGGCUGCAGCGAUGAGAAGCGAUAAUGCGCAGUCGGUCGGCGGCGGAGAAUGCUGAUCAGAUGAUUGUAGAUAUUGGUGGUAGAGAAGAAAGGGAGGAGGCUGUGGGGUGAUCGUAGAAUAGAUGCAAAGUGUAAAUUUGGAGCUGUGGAAAAUGCAUCUCUAGGUUAACCCCACACAGUGUUGUUUUAUAAGAGUGCAGCUGGGGCGAUGUAAUUAGUGUUCGGAACGUGUAAAUUGAUCUUCUCAACUUGUGAUGAUAUUUUAGCCGUGAUGUGAAUCUUGUUUAGGUAAAUUCGUGGGAGCUGAAUGAAUUGCUACUGGAAGAUCAAAGACAGGGAGAGAAAUAAAAAUACAGCAAAAACUCCACCGGCAAGAAAUGCAUAUUCAUGAGUUAUUACAACACAGGAGCUUCAUCAUCAUUAUAAUCAUUGUCGUCGUUGCCGUCGUCGUUUGUCUGUCGUACAUGGCGACUGACGAACAAGGGAUAGAAGAAAUGAAGAAAAAUCUCCGGGCCAACAAAAGAAUCAAGGACCUCUAUAAUGACAAGAAAUUGAAUCAAGGAAAA